UAUUUACUAGUUGUAAUUAAAAAUACCUAUACAUAUAUAUGUACAUAUAUGUAUUAAUGUAAUAUUUUAUAAAUUUAGAAAAAUAAUAUGAAGGAAGAAAAUAUUUUGAUAAUGUAUAUAUUUAUUAAUAGUCAUGAAGUGAUUUAACUAUAAGGUUAAACAUCAUAAUAAUAGAGGUUAUGUAAAGGAAAACAUAUACACACAAUAAUACUUCAAGGAAAAAAAUGGCUUUUUCCUUUAGAACUGGAAUUAAUUGGUAUCAUGAUUUUCCAAAACUGGCUAGAGAUUCUGGUUUUUAUUUCAAUAUGCAUAAGAAUAAAGUGCGUAUUGAUUGGAACCGUAUAGCUGGAAUAGAUAUAGAACGUGUCAUACAAGAUAGAAAUUUUUUAAUAAUUGAUGAAAACAUAAAUAGUAUCAUAGAUUAUAAUCUAGAUUCGGAAUAUGAUGUAAAAAUACUUGAUCCCAAUUUUGUAAAAUUGUUUAGACUAGCACAACUGUCAGUGGAAUAUUUAUUAUAUUGCAAACAAUAUUUAGAUCACAGUGUUGUGAUAUUAAAAGAUGAAUUACGAUCAAAAAUGGAAGAAAAUGUUAAAUUAAAAAAAGAAUUAGCUUUAGCUGAUGAAGAUCUUUUCAAAUUGAAAAGUAAAUAUAAAAUAUUCGAAAAAAUGUACAAUGAAUCUCCAAAAGAUAUCUAUAAGUGUCCUUACUGUAUAAAAACAUUCUCUUCUGCUUUUUGUACAAGUUUUCAUAUUGUUCGUCGUCAUUCUAAUUCAUCGCAAAUAUCGUCUAGUUCACCAGUUCAUGACCAAUCUAAAACUGAAAAUGAAAAAUUACAGGAUGAAAUAAAGAAUUUAAAAGAAAGAUUGAAUCAAAAAGAGAGAGUAACCAGUAAUGAAACAGAAAAAUCACCUAGAAGUGUAAAAUUAAAUGAAAAAAAUUAUGAGAAUCAAACAACGGAUAUUCAAAGUAAUGAGGUCAAUAAAGAUAGAGUUGUAGAGGAAGAACAUAAAAAGAAUCAAGAAGAAAUGAAUAACUUAAUAACCUUGUUUUUUAAUGAAAUCAAACAUUUACGAGAGGAUGAGAAGAAAUCUAAUCAGUUAGAUAAUGAAAAAGAAAAUUUGAAAGAACUACUGAAAAAACAAGAAAAUGAAAUACAUCGGUUGACAGAUCAAAUACAAGAAUUAUCAUCACAACAAUCAGCUCCAAAUUUAGAAAUAAUUCAAUCAAAAUUAAUAAGUCAAGAAGAAUAUUGGAAAUCGAAGAUAGAUCAAAUAGAAUUUCAGCAUACGAAAGAUAUCGAAGAAUUAUCAAUACAAUUAAAAAUGACACAAGAAAUGGCUGAAAGAAUGAGAAAUGAGUAUAUAAUUAACAUUAAAAGAUUAGAAGAAAAAUCCAAAAAUUUUGAUGAAAAUGUUCAGAGUGUAACUAAGCCAUUUAUUGUUUCGAGGCAAUAUGAAGAAAAUGAAUUACAUAGAAAAAAUUCUAUUAAUGAUAAAAAAGAAAAAAACAUCAAAUUUUUUGACGGACAACAUAACACUGUUGAUGUUGAAGACAAAGUUAGUGCCAAUUUCACAGAUUCAAGUGAUAAAAUCGAGAAUGAUUCGUCUAAUUUACAAAAUCAAAGUCAUUUGAAAUCUGAUUCUCUAGAUUCUCGAGAAAAGCAUUCACUUCAUGAAACAAAAUUCAAAAGUCAGAGUAUUCAUUCAAAAGUUUCGACUGAUGAAAAAAAAAUCGAUCAUACAUUACCAAAACAACAUAGUAAAGUAAAGAGAAAUUUACUUAAAACAAUGAAUACAAAAAUAAAUGCAUCCCCUAGUCAAUCUGAUGCUGGUGAUUCAGAAAGUGAAGUUUUAUCACAAUCCGAAGAUUCAGAAGAAUCUCAAUCGACGGAAAAUCGAGAUUUAUCGUCUCAAGAACUUACUGAAUCGGAUCAAGAUGAAUUUGUUCACAAAAGUACAAUCUCCAACAAAAAAAUGAGUCAUUUUAAAGAAGAGGUAUUAAGUGGUUUGGAGCAAAAAUUGUUAGAUUUAGGUGUUGAUAUUGAAAUGGACGGAAUCCCUAGAUCGACCUACCAAAGAUUAAUAAGUAUCGUUAAGCAUCAUCGAAAUAUUAGUAAUAAAAAAUAUCAGGCUUUAGAAGAAAUAAGACGAAAUAUAAUUAAUAAAAUCAAUAAAAAAAUUCAUAAUCAACAACAAAAAAAGAAAGAAGAAUUUCAAGUAUAUAGCACACCAAAAAAAUCGCAAUUAAAAAAAAGUAUCAAUAACGAUAAAUUAAAAAUGGAUUCAUCUUCAGAUAUUAAAACUCAUUCGAAUACACCAAAAAUAAAAUUCGAGAAAAAAAGUUUUGUUAAACAUUAUUUGAAUGAAAAUAAUCAUGAACUACUGCCAAUGAAAAUGACUCCCCAAAAAAUUCAAGAUUUAAAUACUACACGCUCAAAAUCACUAAAAUUAAAACAAGAUGAAAGUAGUAAAAGAUUAUCUACACAUAACAAGAAAAAAUCGUCUAGUUCUCAAGUAAUCUAUGUCAACGAAAAUACUGACAAGUUUGUUAAUAAUGAAAAACAUAAAGCAACUUUUUCACCAAAAUCAUUAAAACAAAAUAAUAACAACAAAGACGAUAUGGAUAUCUUAAGUAUUGAUGAUGAUGAUGAUGAAAAUGAAAAUUCAAGUCAUCAUGAAAUAAUAAACAUAUAUAAAGAAUUUAAUAAAUUUCCACAACCAGCACCAAGAGUUUCCAAAGAAAAUGUACUUGGAACUGUAUAAUCAGUAAGAAAAGACUUAACUUCGAAUUAAAUUAUGUAAGGUAGUUCAAAUUCAAUUAAUAACUUGAAUCAAAUGAUUCAUAUUCCCAUAAAUAUCAAUCAUCUUUACAAUUUUUUUGUAAAUACUAAU